UGAUUGACAGCGGACAGCAGCUGCUGAGUUGCCCAGACAUGGCGGAGGAUACAGCGGAGCGGAGGCACGGCGCCGGACUUCCAUGACUUUUUCCCAGCAGCAGAGUCGUCUCCGGGCCGUCGAAGGCUACACCAGAGCGGGGGAAAUGUGUCGGACCGACGCGGACGAGGAAGCGAGGCGAAAGACGUCGCGAACGGCCAAACGCGAGUAAAAAAGAUGGGACAAUGUAUCGCUGUUUAGUGCAGUCAACAGCCCUGGGCAACAAAUAUGGCUCCUUGUGCCUUUUUGCUGUAAACAUUCGUCUCCCAAUGCCGCGGUGGCUACGGCGAACUUGUGCCGCAAGCCGCGAUAGUAAGCUGACUUCCGUAAGCUCUCGGUACUUUUAAUUCGGCACAGGAUAUUCCUUGCGUUAGCCGGCAAAGCUAAGGCGCCUGCGAGCAGCCAUGGAGCCAAAGCACAAAGAGUUGCUCGACCAGUGCCACCAGAACUUACUGGAGUCCAUAACGGACGCCGACAGAGUCAUCGAGCUGCUCGUCGUCUCCGGUGCCUUGAGCCAGCUCGAUCGCUUCGAACUGGACCAGAACUGCUCGUCCAGCGCGGAGAAGGUGGAGCACCUCCUGAAGAUGCUGAUGAACAAGGAGAGCGACCAUUUCCUGGACCUGUGUGUGGCCCUGGAGAAGGCGUACCCGGACCUGCACGCUGCCCUCUUCUGCAGCAGCAACGGCGGGGGACCUGUGGACCACAACACCGGUUCCACAUACAGCGUCCUUUCCACCAUGCCGUCCGACUCCGAGAGCAGUAGCUCCCUCAGUAGCGUCGGUUCGCCCGUGAACGGCGAGGCGUCCUCCCCUCCCCCCGCCAUCAACGACAACCGGCCCCCCGGCGACAACCUGGACACGGUGUUGUUUCAGCUCCGCCAGGUGACCAGGGAGAGGGACGAACUCCGCAAGCGUCUGGCCUUGGCAUCGCCCGGCACCACCUUUGAUGACUGCAGGCCAAAUUCCAAAGCCAGCCACGACUAUGAGCGCUUAAAAAGCCAGUGCAUGAGAGCCAUGGCGGACCUGCAGUCUCUCCAGAACCAGCACACCAAGACCCUGAAGAGGUGCGAGGAGGCUGUCAAAGAGGCUGACUUCUACCACAUGCUGCACAGUCGCGUCCUGGGCGAGCAGAUGCAGCUCAAGGAGGAGAUGGAGACGCUGAGGAGGGACAACGCUCAACUGGUCCGAGAGCACAACCACCUGAAACAGAACUGCGAGGAGCUCAAACGUCUGCACGGUCAAGACCAGCAGGAGUUGGCGGACCUGCGACUGCAACAGCAGCAGGUGAUGCGAGAAAAGGGCUCCUCUGAGGUGCUGAACAAGCUGUACGACACGGCCAUGGACAAGCUGGAGGGCGUGAAGAAGGAGUACGACGCCCUCAGCAAGCGCCACAGUGAAAAGGUGGCCACCCACAACACCGACCUGAGCCGCCUGGAGCAGGCCGAGGAGGAGAACCGGCGGCUGCAGAAGCAGAUGGACGCGUUGCUGGUGCAGCGCGACUCGGCCAUGCACUACCAGCAGCAGUACUCCACUUCGAUGAGGAGGUUUGAUUCCGUGCAGCAGGAGCUGAGCAAGUCCUCGGCCCAGAACAAGGAGCUCCAGCGCGAGAUGGAGCGGCUGCAGUCGGAGGUGACGCGCUACAAGAACCUGCAGCUGAAGGCGUCCAAGGACUGCGACAAGUACAAGGAGGAGAGGGACUCGGUCUUCAACGAGUACCGCCUCAUCAUGAGCGAGCGGGACCAGGUGAUCAAGGAGCUGGACAAGCUGCAGACGGAGCUGGAGGCGGCCGAGGCCCGACUGAAGAACACCUCCUCGGAGAGGGUGGUGGCCAGCGAGGAGCUGGAGGCGCUCAGACAGGAGUUGAACUCGUCCCUGGUGGACCGCGACAGGGCCAUCUGCGAGAGGAACGAGCUCCUGGAGAAGUACUGCCACGAGGUGAAGGACAAAGCCGAGGCCCAGAAGGAGCUGAGCCAGGCCUGCAAGGACAUCGAGAUGGUGCGAGAGGAGCGGGACGUGGCCCGCAAGGAGCGGACGGAGGCCAUCAUUCAAAGGGAUCAGCUCCUGCGGGAGUACUACCAGGCACGGCAGAAACAAGACUCGGCCACGCUGGACAUGGAGCGUGCCAACAAGGAGAUCGAGAUGCUGAGGAAGCAGUAUGAGGCCAUGUCCCAGGAGCUGAAGGAAGCCACGCAGGAGACCGAGGUGGCCAAAUGUCGCCGGGACUGGGCCUUCCAAGAGCGGGACAAAAUCGUGGCGGAGAGGGAGAGCAUCAGGACGCUGUGCGAUAACCUCCGUCGGGAGCGGGACCGAGCGGUCAGCGACCUCGCCGACGCCCUGCGGAAUCUGGACGACACGAGGAAACAGAAGAACGACUCUUUACGAGAGCUGAAGGAGAUGAAGGAGAAAAUGGAGGGCCAGCUGGAGAAGGAGGCCCGCUUCUGUCAGCUUAUGGCCCACAGCUCCCACGACUCGGCCAUCGACACGGACUCCCUGGAGUGGGAGACGGAGGUGGUGGAGUUUGAGAAAGAUCGGGACGACAUGGACUUGAAGGCGCUCGGGUUCGACAUCGCCGAGGGGGUGAACGACCCGUAUCUGCCGGGAGAUUGUGGGAUAUUUGUGACGCGGGUGGACAAAGGAAGUAUUGCUGAUGGCAGGCUAAGGGUGAACGAUUGGUUGCUGAAGAUAAACGACAUGGACCUGACCAACAAGGACAGGAAGCAGGUGAUGAAGGCGGUCCUUAACGUUGGCGGCUUGAUCAACAUGGUGGUGCGGAGGAGGAAGUCUCUGGGCGGACGGCUGGUCACCCCCGUUCAUAUCAACCUCAUGGGGCAUAAAGACAGCGGAAUCGGCCUGGAGAACGGCGUGUUCGUCACCACGGUGGUCCAGGGCAGUCCGGCCGCCAGGGAGGGCUCGCUCACCGUGGGAGACAGACUGAUCGCUAUAAACGGCAUCGCUCUAGAUAACAAGUCUGUGACAGAGUGUGAGGCCCUGUUGAGGAACGGCAGGGACUCCCUCAGCCUGUCUCUCAUGAAGUUCUUCCCUCACAGCUCAUCCGGCCAGAACAUCUUUGAGAGUCUGCGCGAUCCCUCUGAGAAGUCCAACGGGCGAGUUCACCUGUCGGAAAUCCACGCCCGGAAUAGCCGCAACCUCAAACACAACAGCUCCACGCAGACGGACAUCUUCUGCCCCGACGCAAGCGCCGUCUCCGGGGAGAGGAGGAAGCUCCGAGGGGAACCCGAUGAGCUCUACGCCGACAUGGGCAAGCCCUUCUCCAUGGGUUUCCUUCACGCCACCAGCCUGCGGCCGGCGUCCGACUUGGGCGCCGGCCGCUACGGCCCCAGCGCCUUCCAAGAGUGCUGCCCCUACGCGAAGGCGCCUUCGUCCUUGCCGUUUGACCCCGUCUCCGCUCCGGAGUGCCUCACCGUGGAGGCCGGCCAGGACAGGAAGCACAGCGGAGGAACGUGGCCCAAGAUGGUGGCGGCAGGCAUGUCGGUGGCGCCAGACAACACCAGCCCGGUCACGGCGGCGGCGCAGCUCUCCAUCUAUAAAUCACCCAAGCAGAGGAAGUCCAUCUUCGACCCGGACACCUUCAAGCGCCCUGAAACGCCCUCCUCCAAGAUGGAGUACAUGGCGGCCAAUCAGAUGGCGGCAGCAUCGCACUCUCCGCAGCCCUCAAAGACUGACUCCUCCUCCUCCACUCCCACCCCCACGCCCCCGACGCCGCCCACCCGCAGCGACUCCUUCAAGUUCAAACACAAACAUCAAAGCAGCUCCGCCUCCGACUGCACCAUCACGUCGGACGGCAAGGGCGACGCCGCCGUCUCUGCGGCGACGGGCGAGCGAGAGAGAGACCGGAACGGGAACCACUACUUCCUGGACGGUAAAGUCCUGACCUCCAGGAAGUCGUGCGACGAGGACAUCGGGCGCACCAGAGGGGAGGAGCCGGAAGUGAAGAGGCCGCGCCCCAAGUCCGCCCCCGCCCUUCGCCGCAGGAUGACGCCACAGACCAUCACUCUUCCCGCCUUCCAGAGAACGCCACCCUGUUCCUGUCAUCCAUCCCAGAGCUACUCCAACGACGAGCAUUCGCCAGAACCCAGGGACAUGCUACGCUCCUCCCCCAGUCGCUCCCACCGCCACAGCGUCGGCUUCGUCCCCACCGUCUACAACGGCACCCUGCCCCCCAAUUCAGCCCACCGGGGCUUGUCCCCCUGCCCCGCCGUGACGGCCGUGAUGAGGAAUCCCGUGUACACGGUACGCAGCCAUCGUGUACACGCCAGCAACUGUCCGUCCGUCGCCUCCCAGAUCUGUCACCAGCACGCCCCCACCAGCCCCCAGCAUCAGGGUCGACUGAGCCUGGAUCUCAGCCAGCAGAAGCGGGUCGGCGACUACGCCGAAUCCUCAUCGUCACGCAGCAGCCGGGCCUCACACGGUACAAACUCACUGCCCUCCGGCGCACGGCUCGGUUCGUCUAAUAAUGUCCAGUACCGAGCCGAGAGGAUCAAGAUCCCUUCCACGCCUCGCUAUCCUCGCUCCAUGCUGGGCUCAGACCGAGGCUCCCUCUCGCAUUCCGAGUGCAGCAGCCCCAGCCUCAUCACGCCGCCGCAGUCGCCGCUCAAUCUGGAGACUUCCUCCUACGCCAGCAACCAAUCACAGGGCUCCAUUUCCACUUUACCUCGCAUCUCGGUCAGCCCGGUGCCGAUCGGGGAGCGCAGGAAAGACAGAUCUCUUUACCGUAACCGAUCCUUUCUAAGGAUUCCUCUGGCUGCGAGGCCGAGGUUCUCCUCUCUCAGGAGCCUCAGGCCUUACUUGGAGGAACCUCGCAACGUCAUCGUGCAAAAAGGCGCCGAGCCUCUAGGCAUCUCCAUCGUAAGCGGCGAGAACGGCGGCAUCUUUGUCUCCAAGGUGACCGGAGGCAGCAUCGCCCACCAGGCAGGACUGGAGUACGGGGACCAGUUACUGGAGUUCAACGGCAUCAACUUGCGUAACGCCACGGAGCAGCAGGCUCGCCUCAUCAUUGGUCAGCAGUGUGACACCAUCACCAUCAUGGCCCAGUACAACCCCCACAUGUACCAGCUGGGAAACCACUCCCGCUCCAGCUCUCGUCUGGAGCCGGUCAGCACUCAGUCGACGCCGCAGGGGAGCGGCGCCGCCACCCCGGACAAUCACUCCGCCAUCGACACGCUCAGCGAACAGGACGAGGGCACCCUCACCCCGUCCUCCAAACAGACCACGCCCACCACCAGCCCCCGCAGCUACGUCAGUAAGAAGGCGGCGGAGCCUCGACUGGUGACGGUGCACAGGCCCGGCGUGGAGGUGGGGGUCACGCUCUGCGGAGGGAACCUGCGGGGGGUCUACAUAGAAAGCCUGGAUGAGGACAGUCCCGCCCGGGGGGCUGAUGGCCUGCGUCCUGGCGACCUCAUCUUGGAGUACAAUGCGGUGACGAUGAAGAAUAAGACGGCGGAGGAAGUCUAUGUAGAAAUGUUGAAGCCGGCCGAGACGGUCACCUUGAAGGUGCAGCAUCGAGCCGACGACUUCGACCUGAUCAAAGACCUUCCAGGCGAUGGAUUUUAUAUCAGAGCACUUUACGAGCGUGUGGGGGAGGCGGAGGGGGACCUGACGUUCAAGAAGGAUGACAUCCUGUACGUGGAUGAGUCGCUACCAAAGGGCAGCUUCGGGACGUGGAUGGCCUGGCAGCUGGACGAGAACGCGCAGAAGAUCCAGAGGGGGCAGAUCCCCAGCAAGUACAUGAUGGACCAGGAGUUUUACCGCCGACACAGCGUGACGGAAAUGAAGGAAGACUCGGGCAAGACGCUGUCGGCGGCCGCCCGCCGCUCCUUCUUCAGGAGGAAGCAGAAACACAAGCGCAGCAGCUCCAAAGACAGCAAGGAGACGGUGGCUCUGGACGCCAUCAGCACCGACUCCAUCCCCUUCCUGGAGGACUGCGUCAGUCUGGCCUACCAGAGGGUCCAGAAGGUGGAGUGCACCUCUCCCAGACCCGUGCUGGUCCUGGGGCCGCUGACGGACCCCAUCAAGGAGAUGCUGGUCAAGGAGUCUCCGGGGAAGUUCUGCAGAUGUCUGCUAGAGGUGAUGAAGGCGUCCCAGCAGGCCAUCGAGCGAGGCGUCAAGGACUGCCUCUUCAUCGACUACAAGCGCCGCAGCGGCCAUUUUGACGUGACCACCGUGACCUCCAUCAAGGAAAUAACGGAGAAGGGGUGCCACUGUUUGCUGGACAUCGCGCCGCACGCCAUCGAGAGGCUGCACAGCGUUCACAUUUAUCCCAUCGUCGUCUUUGUACGCUACAAGAACGCCAAGCAGAUCAAGGAGCAGAAAGAUCCCGUGUAUCUGCGUGACAAAGUAUCUCAGAAACAUUCCAAGGAGCAGUUUGAAAGCGCACAGAAGAUGGAGCAGGACUACAGCAAGUUCUUCACAGGAAUCGUCCAGGGCGGCUCCCUCCCUUACAUUUGCACUCAGAUCACCACGAUAGUGGAUCAAGAACAAAGUAAAGUCCUGUGGACUCCACUGGGCGGCCCCUAGUGGACCAGGGCGGCCCCUAGUGGACCAGGGCGGCCCCUAGUGGACCAGGGCGGCUCCUCCCUCCCUCUCUCUCCCUCACACGUUAGGUACACGACAGUACGUCGAUGCUCGCUACCCGUUGUCUUCAUUUCCUGUUGGUACUGAAGAGCAGAAACGUAGCAGCACUUCACCUCCAAGUUCCUCCAGUCUUCCCUCCAGGAAUCCAUCUCAAAGCGUCCUCGUUGUCCCUUUACGGUCUUAGACUUGACUCUGCAAUAUGACCCGACAUGACCCCCACCACCCCCCCACACUUUAAGACCAGGUAUCCCACCAGGACCAGGCCCGACUGCGAAGCGUACAGGAAGACGCCCAUACAAAUAAAAAUGGCCGCCUCUGGUUCCUCAUGAAGAGUGAAGCCAUGCUGCUUUUAUUCGGUUAAAGAUGAUUACGUAACAUCAGUCCAAAUACAGGUACUGCUUUUCUACUUCCUAGCGGGAUAACGUAGGAUUUUGGUCAAAGUAGGAAUUUUAUUUCAGUUGGGGUACGGAAUGACGGGAAAUUCUUCCCAGUCUUCUUCUCAGGAUAAACUCACGUAUGAGUAGGAGGAUCAUCAAGGGUUGCUUUGACACGAUAAUAAUUAUACUACAUCUUUACGACUCACUUCUCUUUCAAUAUUAUGGCUGUCAUACGAAAUAUGACAUGACUUCAUGAUAUGGGCGUGGUCAUAUCAAAUAUGAUGGACAGAAGGCAGGAUGUCGAAAAAAUGGUUUUCAAGAAAAAAGGGAACAAAAUCCGAAUUCUCAUAGUCGUUCCUCGCUGUAUCACACUUUUUCAUGGAUGGAUGGAUGGAUGGAUGGAUGGAUGGAUGGAUGGAUGGAUAGGGUGGGUGGGUGGACGGACAGAUGGAUGGAUAGAGUGGGUGGGUGGAUGGACGAAUGGAUAGGGUGGAUGAUGGACAGAUGGAUAGGUUGGGUGGAUGAUGAAUGGAUGGAUGGGCAGAUGGAUGGAUGAAUGAAUGGGCGGAUGGAUGGAUGGAUCAAUGGGCUGAUGGAUGGAUGGAUGGAUGGUUGGGUGGAUGAAUGAAUGGGCGGAUGGAUGGAUGAAUGGGAGGAUGGAUGGAUCAAUGGGCUGAUGGAUGGAUGGAUGGAUGGUUGGGUGGAUGAAUGAAUGGGCGGAUGGAUGAUGGAUGGAUGGAUAAUGGGCGGAUGGAUGAAUGAAUGGGCAGAUGAAUGGACGGAUGAAUGAAUGGAUGGAUAACUAUGUGUGAGAAGUACGGGGGGGGGGGUCACCAGGGGGCAGUAAUGACACAAUAAGUCAGACGUUAGCUUCCACCUUCUGACGUCAGCCAUGGCACGGCCGCCAUGACAGAGAGGAAAAAAGUUCUCCUCCCAUUCCGUGGGGAAGUGGUACGGUUUUGGUUUUUUACCUUGUCAUUCUUUCCAUUUGAAACCCUUUGUCGAGUUUAAAAGAUACAUUUGACGCUAACCGCUUAGCUUGCUAGUUUAAAGUUGUACAUGUACAAGAAAAAAUAUUGCAAUAAGAACGUCAUAUUUCUGACCAUGAAGUCGUAAUAUUAUGAGACCAAAAUCCUACAUUUAUGAGAAUAAAGUGUUACAUUUAGGAGGAGAAAGUGGUGUGUUUAUGUUCCAGGCAUUGCCUGAGACCGCUAUGAAAAGGGGGGGGGGCUUAUGUGACCUUUGGCCUUGGGCAUGUGUAUUCUCAAAAUAUUACCAUUUUUUUAAAGUACAGCUUUAUUCUCAAAAUCUGAAUGUUUUGAUUCUGCGAUGUGGUCCUAAUUCUCUGUCGUACUCAGAGCCCAAAAAUUUGCAGCCAAGGCAACUAUAGGGGUGUUAUUCCAUGUCUACAGUGCUCUAAUAAUAGAAAAUCCUAAAGCCUUUUUUUUAUUGGUUUCUGAAUCCUGUACUGCAAUCUGGUCUGGAACCAAUUAGGUGCCAUGAAGGAGGGGCUUGUUCGCCAUCUUGCAUCUUCAUCUUUGUCAUUGGCUUGGCUGACUGUAUCCCACCCCCCCUUUAACGUGACAGGACCCCCCCGCCCCUUGGACUCUUAUGCAUUUUCCAUGACUUAGGAAGUUGACAGUAAACGUAUACGUACAUAUAUAGAUAUAUAUUCCUCAACAUCUAUGUAGAAUACAUCUAUGUAGCUGCGGUCACACUGCCAGCCAGUGCCAAGCAAGCACGACGACCCCCACCCCGCCCCCCCACCCCACCCCCCAGGUGGUCUCUAUGCAUUGUGUUCCUCAGCCUCCUUACGUAGCAGGAAGUGCGUGCGCGCUUUUACGGGCCUUUUGGAAGUGCCUUCGGUAGAAGACGCCUGGUCCAGAAGCGGCUUGGGAGCUGAUCUGAGACCAGGGCGAUGGCGUUGGCUAUGGCGAUGGCUGUGGCGAUGGCGGAGAGCGCGUGGGAAAGUCCAAUUUGUUGUUUUUCCGAGGUGGGACGGGUUGAAGUCCUCAGAAUGCACUCCAGGGCUAGACAGACCACUGUGGAACUCAGUCCUUCUAUCUGGUGUUUAACACUACAGUAUGCAGCUCUAGCAACAAGAAGACUAGAUAUAUACAGAUAUACUAUAUACAUAUAUAUAUAUAUAUAUAUUACAUGUAUUUUCACUAGGUGACACGCCUAGGAGGAUCUGACCGUCGAGUUAGCAUGUUUAUUUGUUUUUACGUUUGAUAUGUUUGUGUUUGCUUGUCAGUCGGGUGAUGUUGUCAUAAAACGAAGACGCUAGCCAGAGUAACUCAUCCCCACCUUUAGUGACUUCCACUGUUAUUUAAGCGUUUUUUUAUCACUCUAAUUAUUGCUAGCACACAGGAAGACGCAGAUAUUCCAAGCGUUCCUGUAUCCUGUCUUUUAUGGUGCCAAAUCCACUACGUUUCACCCUCCUUGUUGUCUCUGUUUUGCACUUGUUGAGCUGUGAACCUUCAAGGCGGGACUGAUGGCGGCUUUCCAGUCCGUGCUCGGUACUCCAUCACCCUCCUGUCGUCAUCUUGUUGUUUUCCUCUCGCAUCGCUUCCUCCCGUUUCACUCUCCAGGGCCUUUUUAUUCUCAAUGACUGGUGACUUCUAGAAAAGAAAAGAAAAGAAAAGAAAAGGGAUCUAUUCUUGCACACUUUUUCACAGGAAAUGGACUAUUGGGCUGAAAAGAAUCCUCCAAAAGUCUGAUGUUGCUAUUUUUGUGUGUAGCUAGCAUGUUGUAGGGAAGACGCAGGAUGGGGCGCUUGUACUUGUAGACCACGCCGGGUACCGAUUCAACGUCUCUUUAUAUUCAAAGAAUGUGAUUUGUAUGUCCAGACAUUAACAUGAGAAUAAAAGUCUUUUUUUUGUGUCUGUAUCACAACAUCAAGA